UACGACGAUCUGGGCAUCAGCGGUAACGAUGUCCAACACGUGUAUGAUAUCCUCAAAAAGCGAAAAGAAGAGACCAGAAUCUACUAUGGAGAAGCUGUUUAUGGUGUUGGAAAGUCCCUUUCAUAUGAGGUGUGGGUGGUUGCUGGUGAUGGCCGAGAAGUUGCAGCUGACACAGGUUAUCUGUUGGGAAGCGCCAAGGAGAUGCCAUGGACAAAUGAAAUUCUGUCUAAAUUUGACAUCACUGAAGCUGUCCGUGUAGCUAAUGUUUCUACUGACAAACCAGUCAAG